GCGUGGAAUAGGAGGGGUGGUGAGGAUUCGACGCGGCUUGUGAGGAAGCCUAUUUGAAGUCAUGACUGUGAUGGAGUUCUUUGGAUGUGGCCUUCUGGCAUUUGGACCACCUCUGGCUAUGUUCAUCAUUACCAUUGCCAAGGAUCCUGUGAGAAUUAUCAUUCUGAUGUCCAGUGCCUUUUUCUGGCUGCUGUCACUACUCUUCUCAUCACUCAUCUGGUUCGCGGUUGUGCCACUCAGAAGUGACCUGGCAUUUGGCAUGGUCUUCUCCGUUCUCUUGCAGGAGCUCUUCAGGUUUCUGCUCUACAAGUUGCUGCGCUUGGCUGAAAAUGGUCUGAAGAAAGUCACAGACAAUGACCAGGUGGUCACCAAUCCACACAUCAUGGCAUAUGUGUGUGGGCUUGGAUUCGGCAUGAUGUCGGGCGCCUUCUCGCUGGUGAACGUGCUGGCGGACGCUGUCGGACCAGGCACAAUGGGGCUGCGCGGCCACUCGUCCUUCUUUUUCCUCGUCUCGGCCGUGCUCACCCUCUGCUUCAUCCUGCUCCACACCUUCUGGGGCGUCAUCUCCUUCAGCGCGCUCGACCGUCGCCAGUACCUGCAGCUGGCGUUCGUGCUCGUCUCUCAUCUCGCCCUUUCUUCGCUGACGUUGCUGAACGCCAGCCAGCUGUACGCGGCGACAGUAGUGCCGGCCGUUGUGCUGACGCUGGUGACCGGGUACGGUGCCCUGCUCAUCACCGGCGGCUCCGGCGACCGACUGCUGGCCUGUCUGCGGCCCCGGCCCACCCAGCUGCAGGUGCCAGCACCGCCGCCGCCCGACAGGGAGUAGGUCCGGCCGCUGCCGUUUCAUGGAGAGUCUGUCGGUCGUGCUCUGUGUCGCUACCCAACAGAGCAGGGUGGACUUCACUGUUGCUCUGCGGUGACAGGGCCAGACCGCACCGCUGCCGUGCGGUGACGGCCAGGCCGCACCGCUGCUGUGCGGUGACGGCCAGACCGCAUCGCUGCCGUGCGGCGACAGGGCCGGCCCGUACCACUGCCGCCAGGGAGCAGGACGAGCGCGCCCCCCUGAGCGGUGUGACCAGGUCACUCCGGGACGUGGCCCCGGUCACACCGUCCGUACACCGUCUACCCCCUUGUUCCGACGCAGCUGUGGCCGGACCAGUGCAGUCCAGGUACGCCUCGGCCCUGAC